AUGCAGCAUUCGGGUAACACAUACGAAAAUCCAGGAUUUCAACUGACUACCGUUGACGGAAGUCAGCUGUAUAUGGACAUCGCAUGUUUUGAAGGCAUGGCGGCUAGGUUGACUACACCGAAACCUAAAGGUAGAAGUGUGAGCGCUGGACAGGCUCAUCGGGAAAACAUCGUCGAAAUUCGGCAGCUCGUCAUGAAUAACGAUGGCGGUGUGAACGCUCAAGGAACUUUAAAUCCACUGUACGAAAUAACUCCGAUCACUGAACGCCUGAACGUCAACACAGGAAAUGCUAGUAAAGCAUCCAGAAGAUUAGCCUCACCACCAAAGACCUCACCGAAACCCAAAUCAAGGAGCGCGACCACAGGAGAAAUCGAAAAGGAGAAAGUUCCACCUGAAAAACCCGUACAGUUUGACACGAAUUACGAUGUGGGUGUCUAUGAAGUUUUAAAAAGCAACAACAACCAUAUGCCAGCGCAACAGGUCAAGCAAGUAUCAGGGGGAGGGCAACCGGAUAAAGUGUACGACUUCCUAACGCAGACAACGCAACAGCAAAUAGAUUCGUUACGUCGCACAUUGCGUCUAAUGUCUUUGCUUCUGGUGAUAGUUUGUCUGACGGCAGUGGCGAGUUUGGUGUUGAUACUGGUCGAGAUAAGGAAGCCUAAGCAGCACACGAGUCUCAAUCAGCCUACAUCAUCAGGUAGGGUGGGCUUAGAUGCAGUACGAAAGGGUUUAAAGGGGAGGGGGACGGGAGCUAAAGCAAAAUAACUCCUCCAAGACUGACCCGUAUUCGAAUGCGAUGUAGAGAAGCUUAAAUCUUUAUUUCCAGUGUCAGCCAGCAAAAAUUGUCUGAGGUAUAAAUACCGUAACGUAACCUCAACUAAGCUAAAUUUAUUGCUAUAUUUUGUCUAAAAUUGUUUUGUUGCCUUAACAAUCCUUCGAUUCUACUGCCAUGCCAAUAUCCCCAUCUAACACACAUUCACUCUCUCCGCCUAUGCUACAAAGCCCGGGAUUGAAUUUUCAUUAGCCAUGUAUUUAUAAAGCCGUCUGACCAAAAGAAAACAAUGCUCGAGUCUAACUAUACUGCUACAGGAGUUACGAAAACAACGCCUACGUGAUUCGGUUGUAUUUUUUUCAUUACUUGAAUGAAAAGCCUAGUAAGCUGUAAACACUUAAAACCAUGGAAAAAAAUUCUGCAUCGCAUAUCCCUAACCCUUUAACCUCUGAGAGAGAUUAACAUUCAAUUUCUCUUUAAGGUGACACUGCUUAAUGAAAGGUAAAAGUCGUGAGAAAGAAAGGAAUAAUCAACAAGUGAAAAAGGUUUUGAUUGCUAAACGAAUUCUCCUCAUAAAAAGCAUAGGAAAUAAAGGAAUAAUAGUAUGGAUAAUAUUUAUGAUGAUAUCAAGUUCUAAAGGGUUAGCAGCAUAGCUUUUCCUCGGUGCUGAAUUUUUGUUGCGAAUAGUUUAUUUCAUGAACCAAAUUUUAUUGAGAUCCUACAAAGGACAGAGAUACGAAUUUCCCUCUUCUAAUUCGGUUCCUUUGAAUCCUAUGCAAAAACGAAACCCUUCUAAGUCUUAAGACUUAAGUCAGUUAAGUAUCCAUUUGUAAAGAUUUUGUGUGUUUUCUUUUACUUUCUGAUUGACUGAUUUGUUCCAAUGACAAAGGAUUCCUAUUCACCUUUUCAACUGGGACAAACAAUAGUGAGCCUCUAUGGUUGCCUGCGGACGUCGAUUUCGUCGCGCGUUUUCCAUCCAGUCGUCGGUUUUCAGGAGAAAUCGUCGCAUUUCAAGAGCGGCUUUGCGUGGCAUCGCUGUUAGCGAGCUCAGCGUAACCACAACGGAAACGAGAAGAUAAGCAAAACAAAAACUCUUUUUGGCAGGUUUCCUUGCCGUCAUUGAGCAACUAAUGUUGUUGAAUUUGAUUGAAAUGGCGAUGCGAUCGUCGUGACUUCGACUUCGUCGGAAAUAUCCACACAGAGGCUCAAUAGUGGGAUUUAACUGCUUGCUUCAGGCGAUAAUGCUCUUAACUUAGCAGCAUCAACAACAACAGUAACAUGACUACAAAGCUUUACAGUUUUGCAAAAGAAUUAGGAUCAGUUUAUGAGUGAAAAUACUCAUAAUGAAACCAAUGAGAUGAAACCAACAAAUCUUGAUAAAAAGAAUUAGGAUCAGUUUAUGAGUGAAAAUACUCAUAAUGAAACCAAUGAGAUGAAACCAACAAAUCUUGAUAAAAAGAAAAAAAUGAAAAUAUCGGGCAACAAUCAAUAAUAAACAAUAAACGUAGAAACAAAUCUUCUGAGAAUUCAUGCUUUCAUCUAGUAGCGCUGUACACAAAUAUUAAUUAAUAUCACGCCAGCUUCUUCAAGACGGAGGGGGAAAUAUUGCUCACGUCAGAGAGAGAAGCAAGGUAUUCCGACAAGAAAAGAAAGAAAGUAAAAAAGGAAAAUGAAGCCCCGCAAAAAUGAAAAACAAUAGGUGAAAAUUUUUGUACUUGAGGAAAGUCACCAAAGGGUUUCUUCGUACAUACAGGGCUACAAGAACAAAAAACGCAAAAUUAUAUAACAGAAUAUCGAGAUCGCCUGGAUCACGCGCACAACGUCUAAGACUUUCUAUCAAGGGAAGGAGCGCUCGCUGUGAGCUGAAAAAGAAUACUUUCCGGUGCUGUUGUUUUGUUUUGUCUGUGUGCCUUAAGAAAACGGAAACAAAAAAUGGAACCGGAAGGUAGAGGGAAAGUGGUUAUGGGUCGCUUCAUCCAUGGAGAUACAAAUUCGGGAAUUUGAAAUCUGGGCUUUGGAAUCCGGAAUCCCAAAAACAAUUAGAUUCCGGAAUCCAAAGUUACACAAGCCUGUUCUGGGAGUUCGGAUUGUGGGACGGGGCAAACUGAACGCCUGGGCUGAACAGGCUAAAAUUCCACUCGCAAGGAAUCCGGAAUCCACGGCGUGGAAUCCAGAAUCCAAGAGUGUCUUGGAUUUCCUUCACGGCAUGAGGCGAUAAGGAGGGCGGUGUAGGUCCGUAUGACAGAAAAUAUGUAAAAUGCAAGAAUACGUAUUUUCUAACAGAAUACACUACUCGUCCACAGAGCCGCAGUCCCUUUCGCCAGUGCUGCUGGCCAAAAGGAUCGCGGCCCUGGAGAUGAGAAUGAAUGUAACGUCACAUUUUAGCUUAAUCUCAUACCCAGAUCUCCCAUGGCCAAGGGAAAGGAAGAUCUGGUACAGUUCGAUUUCGAGCAUGCUCAGUAGCAGUGACGCUCGAUGUACGGGCCUUACUAUAACUGCGCAUGCUCGUCCUUACUGUUGUGGGGAAACAGACAUACUUUGGAAAGGUAAGAAGCGGUGGCGCUGGAGCGAAAUAAUUUUGACGAACAUGAAAAAAUUUUCAUGUUGAACUUUUUCUUUCAUCUAGGUCUAUCGGAUGGUGGCUAUACCGGUUGCAUACAAACUGUGCACUUUCAAGAAAUAAAAGAACUAAAAGAAGCGUUGAACUUCACUCGUCGUCAGCUUGACAUCGUCAGAAGUGAACUCAAAAGGCAGAACGCGACAAUAACCAACAUAACGUCGAAGGUAUAAGGAACAAAUUCUAUGUGGGUUUCUUGGUCACAUCUUAGUGAUGAUUCACUUGAUUCAGCCCAUUAAAAAUUCUAAGCAGGUGUCUUUCAGCCCAUUCUGGAUAAGAGUGAAUAUGAGGAAUUGCUGUUUGUAUUUAGGGGAAUCUUGGAACAUUAACACUUGUCAAAAAAAAAGAAACAUAUAAAGAAAUACUGAACAGAAGUAGAUACGGCACCAAGUGGAUGAUAACCAGUAUUAUUUCGAAAAGCAUCUUGUAAAAACAAAUAGCAUUUUUAUAUUAUUUUGCUUAUUAUAUGUAUUGUGAAUUGACUUCCAACGAUUUACACAGAGCCAGGGCGCCAGUGCCUAGUCUCGAUUGUUUUAAGUAAACGGGUGUGUACGUGUACGGGAGUGUUGUAUACAGGAUAUUACAUGGCCGCGCGAGAUACGAACUUUUUCUUCGAGUGUUGAAAUGUUUCACGAGUGAGCGCAGUAAUGUUCUAUUUAUUAAAUAAACACCAUUUCGCUUUGAUAUUUUUUGGCUGGAUAAGGCGCGAUUUAUCAUUUAGCCAUAGCAACGGUGAUCUUUUCCAUGUGAAGAUGACAUGUUAUUUUCACGUGUAAAGAUAUCUUGUUUUCGUGCGCGAAAGGUCACCUGGUAUUUAAUUGGUGGUUAUAUAAUAAAGCUCAUUUACCACUUUUGCUUCACAGGGAUCCGAUUGCAGUCGUUGCCCUGGACCACAAGGACCACAAGGGCUUCCAGGCCGACAAGGACAGAAAGGGCCGCCAGGACCCAAAGGACCGCAGGGUCCUCAAGGGCCCAGAGGACCAAUGGGCGUCAACGGGUCUCAAGGCCGACCGGGAGCCCCUGGACGACAAGGACCAAUGGGCCCUCCUGGGUACAAUGGGACACAAGCAGCUGGGAAACUUGGCACACAAGGGCCCCAAGGACUUCCAGGUCAACCGGGAAGGCCUGGUGCUGGUAAUCUGACUCUUUGUCAUUACAAGUACAAGAAGGAGGCAGCACAAACAGCAGGACCCGGGGCGGAUUCGGUAGUUAUGCUUCGGGAAGAUGAUCAUCGGGUAGGUGAUAAAUCCGUUUUGCAAUAUUACAUUUAGGCAAUGUUCACAAUAUAACGGAUAGCUUUUCGUGCCGACACAAAAAGUUAUCCGAACGUUUAUACUCAUUAUAAUGAGAAAUAACAGCAGUAUGGUUUAUUCUUUACUGAAGGAAACUUCCAAGUUAGUCUUUUGAGGAAGUACAAAAACAAGGUACGUUUUUGCAUCAAAAAAAGAAUCCGAUGCUUGGGCCCCGGAUUUUUUUGUCCAAGUUUUCAUUUAAUGCAAAAACACACCAUAUUGUUGAAGGAAAUUUCUCAAAUAUAAGCUCUCAGGUACUUAAAUAAAAGCUUAAAAUGGGAAAUUUUUUUGCGUCUUUUGGGGCAUUUGUACGAGUACAAAGAGCACACCGGCCUACCCACGGGAAUAAUGUUUUGCACUGCAAGGGUAUAACACCUUCGACACGGCCCUAAGCCAUAUUGGACAACACCUUUGUCCUACCUUUAACGCGAAACAAAGCAGUAAGCAAGCAGUUGCGACCUCAAAUUAAAUGCAAAGGCGACUCAUUGGCCAUAUUUGAUAUUUCUCAUCCAUAGCAGCUCGAACGCAAUAACCAGCAUAGGAGCAACUACUUCUUUUGCUUCAAUGGUUAUUUAAUUAGUGAAACUAUGGUUGUUUGUACUUUAAACGGCGGUCGUUUAUUCGUUCAACAUAAGACCUAUUACUGUUGGCCAAGCCUUUAAACUUUACAGGCGUUACUUUUGAAGCUACUUUCUGCUCCUCCACUAACUAUGAUGCAUCUUGCCUUUUUAGGGAUGGAAAAUUAUCGCCGCCACGUGUUCAACAGAGGGUGGUGCAGAGUACGUUUUCAAAGACGCAGUGCUUGACCCCAGAACAAAUGUAUGGGUGUACAAAUGCCAUUGUAAAGGAAAGUCGAACUUAUUUCUUGGUUCAAGGUAUAUGAAGUGUGUUAUACACUACUGGAUAUGCCCCACUGUCAGCUAAAGACAGCUAGAGCAAUUAGCAGUUAAUCCGGAAGUACCUCCUGUUUAGGAUAGUAGGGAGUGCUGUUCUAAGCACCAAAUAUUGGAGGUAUUAUAUCGUUAGAUUCAAGUACCAACACAGACACAGUCAGAUUAAUCGAUAACUGCAAUUAGGACUCAAUAAUACUCAAGAUAUAUUAUAUACGGUACAUAUCUAGGCACAUAGUGUUUCUGUGAAAAGCUGCACGGUUUACGAAGUUAAGCAAGAGCUCCAAAUAAUAUUAACAAAUUAAGAAUCCUAACUAAAAUAAAAAAAGGUACAGGUAGUUUCAUUGUUCAUCAACCGAACACAAUAAUAGGAUUGGGGCCUUAAAGUAUUCUUACGCGUUUGAGGCCUCAAUUUUUU